CCAGGCUUCGCUCGCACACAGACACACACACACACCGCUCUCCCCCUCACUCUUUCGCUCGCCGCGGCUGCUGCCAGUGUGUGGCUCUGUCUCUCCUCCGCUUUGCUGAGCCCUCCCUUCUUCCUCUCAGUUCCUAGAGUCCGACCGCCGCCGCCGCCGAGAGAGAGGAGAAGGAGGGGGAGUGGCCACAGCAGGUCCUAUCUGGUGGUGAGUGGCUGUCAUGAUCUCUACAGCACCGCUCUACAGCGGCGUGCAUAACUGGACCAGUUCUGACCGGAUUCGCAUGUGUGGCAUCAACGAGGAGAGAAGAGCACCUCUUUCUGAUGAGGAGUCAACGACAGGUGACUGCCAGCACUUUGGAUCUCAGGAGUUUUGUGUCAGCAGCAGUUUUUCCAAGGUGGAGCUCACGGCAGUUGGAAGUGGCAGCAAUGCCCGGGGGGCAGACCCAGAUGGCAGUGCUACAGAAAAACUUGGGCACAAGUCAGAAGACAAGCCUGAUGAUACCCAGCCAAAAAUGGACUAUGCUGGGAACGUGGCAGAGGCGGAGGGCCUCUUGGUGCCCCUGAGCAGCCCAGGAGACGGGCUCAAGCUUCCCUCGCCUGACAGCACUGAGGCCAGCAACAGCAGGGCCGACUGCUCCUGGACUCCACUCAACACCCAAAUGAGCAAACAGGUUGACUGCUCACCAGCCGGAGUAAAGGCUUUGGACUCUCGGCAAGGCGCUGGGGAGAAGAAUACUUUCAUUUUGGCAACUCUGGGAACUGGAGUCCCUGUGGAGGGGACCCUGCCUCUGGUUACCACUAACUUCAGUCCUCUGCCAGCCCCUAUCUGUCCCCCUGCUCCCGGUUCAGCCUCCGUCCCCCCGUCUGUUCCAGAUGCAUUCCAGGUUCCCCUCUCCGUGCCUGCCCCAGUACCCCAUUCAGGGCUGGUUCCAGUCCAAGUUGCCACUUCAGUUCCAGCUCCUUCCCCUCCCUUAGCACCUGUCCCGGCUCUGGCUCCGGCGCCAUCAGUGCCCACGCUCAUCUCUGAUUCAAAUCCCCUUUCCGUUUCAGCCUCGGUCUUGGUGCCUGUGCCAGCUUCUGCUCCCCCAUCAGGCCCGGUUCCCUUGUCGGCUCCGGCUCCUGCCCCGCUUUCAGUCCCAGUUUCGGCUCCUCCCUUGGCUCUCAUCCAGGCUCCUGUGCCCCCUUCAGCUCCAACCUUGGUCCUUGCUCCUGUCCCCACUCCAGUUCUGGCUCCAAUGCCGGCAUCCACGCCUCCAGCGGCCCCUGCCCCUCCGUCUGUGCCCAUGCCCACCCCAACCCCGUCCUCCGGCCCGCCUUCUACCCCCACCCUCAUCCCUGCCUUUGCUCCUACGCCGGUGCCUGCACCCACUCCCGCCCCCAUUUUUACUCCAGCCCCCACACCCAUGCCUGCUGCCACGCCAGCUGCGAUUCCCACCUCUGCACCCAUCCCGGCCUCCUUCAGUUUGAGUCGAGUGUGCUUUCCUGCAGCUCAGGCACCAGCUAUGCAAAAAGUCCCCCUGUCCUUUCAGCCAGGGACAGUGUUGACCCCAAGCCAGCCGCUGGUCUAUAUCCCGCCUCCAAGCUGUGGGCAACCGCUCAGUGUGGCCACACUGCCAACCACUCUAGGGGUUUCCUCCACUCUUACGCUCCCUGUCCUGCCAUCCUACCUGCAGGACAGGUGUCUCCCAGGCGUGCUGGCCUCCCCGGAGCUGCGGUCUUACCCAUAUGCAUUUUCUGUGGCCAGGCCUCUGACUUCGGAUUCCAAGCUGGUGUCUCUGGAGGUGAACAGCCUCCCCUGCACUUCCCCAUCCGGUAGCACCACCACCCAGCCUGCGCCCGAUGGGGUUCCUGGGCCUUUGGCAGACACCUCUCUUGUCACUGCUUCUGCCAAGGUGCUUCCAACGCCACAGCCUCUGCUGCCAGCCCCCAGCGGGAGCUCAGCCCCACCACACCCCACCAAGAUGCCAGGUGGCACUGAGCAGCAAACAGAAGGGACCUCUGUUACUUUCUCUCCUCUCAAGUCACCACCACAGCUGGAACGAGAGAUGGCCUCUCCACCCGAGUGCAGCGAGAUGCCCCUUGAUCUCUCCUCCAAGUCCAACCGCCAGAAGCUUCCGUUGCCGAACCAGCGUAAGACGCCCCCCAUGCCCGUGUUGACCCCCGUGCACACCAGCAGCAAGGCCCUCCUCUCCACAGUCCUGUCUCGAUCUCAGCGCACCACCCAGGCUGCCGGCAGCAAUGUCACCUCCUGCCUGGGCUCCACUUCCUCGCCCUUUGUCAUCUUUCCCGAGAUUGUGAGGAACGGGGAUCCAAGCACCUGGGUGAAGAACUCAACUGCGCUCAUCAGCACCAUUCCUGGCACCUACGUGGGAGUGGCCAACCCAGUGCCUGCAUCUGUGCUGCUGAACAAAGACCCCAACCUGGGCCUCAACCGUGACCCCCGCCACCUCCCCAAGCAGGAACCCAUCUCCAUCAUUGAUCAAGGAGAGCCAAAGGGCACUGGUGCCACGUGUGGCAAAAAGGGCAGCCAGGCUGGUGCUGAGGGACAGCCAAGCACAGUGAAACGAUAUACCCCAGCCCGAAUUGCCCCUGGGCUGCCAGGGUGCCAGACCAAGGAGCUCUCUUUGUGGAAACCCACGGGGUCGGCAAAUAUUUAUCCCCGGUGUUCAGUCAACGGGAAACCCACCAGCACCCAGGUCCUGCCUGUUGGCUGGUCCCCGUACCACCAGGCGUCUCUGCUUUCCAUUGGCAUUUCCAGUGCCGGGCAGCUGGCCCCCAGUCAGGGGGCGCCCAUCAGGCCCACCAGCGUUGUGUCGGAGUUUUCUGGUGUGCCAUCUCUCAGCUCCAGUGAGGCCAUGCAUGGACUUCCCGAGGGGCAGCCACGGCCUGGGGGCUCCUUUGCUCCAGAGCAGGACACUGUUACAAAGAAUAAAACUUGCCGGAUUGCUGCCAAGCCUUAUGAAGAACAAGUCAAUCCUGUCCUCUUGACCCUUAGCCCUCAGACUGGAACCCUGGCGCUAUCUGUCCAGCCUAGCGGUGGGGACAUUCGAAUGAAUCAGGGGCCAGAGGAAUCUGAGAGCCACCUCUGCUCUGACAGCACUCCUAAGAUGGAAGGCCCCCAGGGGGCUUGUGGCCUGAAGCUGGCAGGAGACACAAAGCCUAAGAACCAAGUGCUGGCCACCUACAUGUCCCAUGAGCUGGUCCUGGCCACCCCCCAGAACCUGCCUAAGAUGCCUGAGCUGCCUUUGCUACCUCACGACAGCCACCCCAAGGAACUUAUCUUGGAUGUGGUUCCGAGCAGCAGGAGGGGCUCCAGCACAGAGCUUGCGCAGCUUGGAAGCCAGGUGGAUCUGGGGCGAGUGAAAAUGGAGAAGGUGGAUGGUGAUGUGGUCUUCAAUUUAGCCACCUGCUUCCGAGCGGAUGGCCUCCCAGCAGCUACCCAGAGGGGCCAACCUGAAGUUCGGGGUAAGGCCGGGCAGGCUCGAGUGAAACAGGAAACCGUAGGGGUCUUUGCUUGCAAGAACAAAUGGCAGCCAGAUGAUGUGACGGAAUCUCUGCCACCCAAGAAGAUGAAGUGUGGCAAAGAGAAGGAUGGCGAAGAGCAGCAGCCACAGCCGCAAGCCAAGGCCAUGGUCCGGAGUUCCCACAGACCCAAGUGCCGGAAGCCACCCAGUGACCCCCAGGAAUCCAUCAAGAAAAGCCCCAGGGGGGCUUCAGAUUCAGGAAAAGAGCACAAUGGAGUUAGGGGAAAGCACAAGCACCGGAAGCCGACAAAGCCGGAGUCCCAGUCUCCAGGAAAACGAGCCGACGGCCCCGAGGAAGGUUCCUUGGAAAAGAAAGCAAAGAGCAGUUUCCGUGACUUUAUCCCUGUGGUUCUGAGCACCCGCACGCGAAGUCAGUCUGGAAGCAUCUGUAGCUCCUUUGCUGGCAUGGCAGACAGUGACAUGGGAAGCCAGGAAGUUUUUCCCACAGAAGAAGAAGAGGAGGCAACACCCAGCCCGGCUAAGCGUCGAAAGGUGAGAAAGACCCAACGGGACACCCAGUAUCGCAGCCACCAUGCCCAGGACAAGUCUCUGCUGAGCCAGGGCCGAAGGCACCUGUGGCGAGCCCGAGAAAUGCCCUGGAGGACAGAGGCUGCCCGGCAAAUGUGGGACACCAAUGAGGAGGAGGAGGAUGAGGAGGAAGGCCUGCUGAAGAGGAAGAAACGAAGACGGCAGAAGAGCCGAAAAUAUCAGACUGGGGAGUACCUGACGGAGCAAGAAGACGAGCAGCGGCGGAAAGGGAGAGCAGAUUUAAAGGCCCGUAAGCAGAAGACUUCCUCCUCCCAAAGUUUGGAGCACCGCCUCAGGAACAGGAACCUCCUCUUGCCCAGCAAAGCCCAGGGGAUCUCGGAUUCACCAAAUGGUUUCCUCCCAAAUAACCUGGAGGAGCCAACCUGCCUUGAAACUUCAGAAAAGCCAUCAGGAAAACGAAAGUGCAAGACCAAGCACAUGGCAAAUGUCUCAGAAGAGGCAAAGGAUGUUGUUCUCUACUGCCUCCAGAAAGACAGUGAGGACGUGAAUCACCGUGACAAUGCUGGCUACACAGCCCUGCAUGAGGCUUGUUCUCGGGGCUGGACCGACAUCCUGAACAUCCUGCUGGAGCAUGGGGCCAACGUGAACUGCAGCGCGCAGGACGGCACGAGGCCAGUUCAUGACGCGGUGGUCAACGACAACCUGGAGACCAUCUGGCUCCUGCUGUCCUAUGGGGCUGAUCCCACACUGGCUACCUACUCAGGUCAGACAGCCAUGAAGCUGGCCAGCAGCGACACCAUGAAGCGCUUUCUCAGCGAUCACCUCUCAGAUCUUCAGGGCCGAGCAGAGGGUGAUCCCGGUGUAUCCUGGGAUUUUUACAGCAGUUCUGUGUUGGAGGAAAAAGACGGGUUUGCCUGUGACCUGCUACAUAAUCCUCCUGGGAGCUCUGAUCAAGAAGGAGACGAUCCGAUGGAAGAGGACGAAUUCAUGUUCGAACUCUCAGACAAGCCUCUUCUCCCUUGCUACAACCUCCAAGUGUCAGUGUCCCGCGGGCCCUGCAACUGGUUUCUCUUUUCCGAUGUCUUGAAGAGGCUGAAGCUUUCCUCGAGGAUCUUUCAGGCCCGGUUCCCGCACUUUGAAAUCGCCACCUUGCCCAAGGCUGAGUUCUACCGGCAGGUGGCCUCCAGUCAGCUGCUGACCCCUGCCGAGAGGCCUGUAGGCUUGGACGACAGAUCCCCCCCAGGCUCCUCUGAGACUGUGGAGCUGGUUCGGUACGAGCCAGACCUACUUCGGCUCCUAGGGUCCGAGGUGGAAUUCCAGUCUUGCAAAAGUUGACCAGGAAAACAGCCCCUCCUUUUCUUCUUUCUCCUUCCGAGUUCACCCUUCCCCCACCUCCCUUGUCUUUCCCCCACCGAGCACCAGACUGCAGAAUGAGGCAAUAAUACGGACCAACAAGAAGCCGCCUUAUCAAUGCCAGCAUUAGCGACUGGACUGUUUUUGUUUUUUUGGUUACAGUUAGUUCUCAUCUCCCUGUCGUCGUCAUUGUCGUGGUUGGUGAUGGGGGUGGAAAGCUGAACUCUAUGUCUGAGGACAAUAGGUCCCAGGGGUGGUGGGAGGUGUCGCCGGGACUGGCCUCCUUGUAUAUGACCAAGACCAAACCUGGGCCCUGGGUGGCCUUGGCCUGUCCCAAGGAGAAAUGAGAAAAUCCCCGAUCGCUGAGCGCCCCCCCCAACUCCAUUCCCCUGUGUUCUUCUGUCUUCUGUAGUAUUUAUUUGAUUAGUAUUUAAUUUGUACUGUUUCAUUGGUUUCUGAGAAGUCUGUAUCACUGUGACGAUUUGAGACAACUUGUUGUUCUGAGGGACUUUCUUUACCUCCUUUCUUUUUCUUUGUUGAUGAGCUCUGACAAAGCUAUUCCCAGGUGGUUUUUCCCCCCACUGGGGUGGGGUGGGGUCGGGGGACAUGAACUUGUGACUAACAAAGCUAGCUGCUGCCGGCCCAGGGCUGGGGGCUUGGGGGUAAAUCCUGAAGCUUUGGUGCUCCCCCCCCCGCCCCCUUCCGCCCUUUGCAGCAGCCCCACUAUCUUGAGAUUAGUGUUGACAGGGAGGGGAGGAUUGUGGGGCCAGGGCUUAAUAAGUGACUCUAAUAAAGGGGUGUGGAGAAGGGAUCUGAGGGGUGAGGGUGCCCCUCUUCACGCCUUCUUCACUGCCCCCCUCUGAGUGCACAAUACGAGUUUGUUCCUGCAUCCUUUCCCCAGUGCCCCCACUCCCCCAACCUCAUUCUGGCCUCCCUGUCUCGAGAUACUGAGCCUCUCACCUCCCAGCCCUCGGCCCCGAUCCCUGCCCCUUCCCAGACUCGCAGCACCCCUUCCUUCCUCUCCUCCCCACUCCUCCUCCUUCAGACCCCCAUUCUCCUUGGGAAUCUGCAGAGGGCUCUGAGACUGACUGCCAGAUGUGAAAUCCAGGCGUCAGCUGUUUCCUAGGCAAGGGCAGGAAAGGGUUCUCCAGCCCUUGCUCCUCUCCUGCCUGGGGACCUGAGGUUGAGUGGUGGCCCCACCUGGCCUCCCCCUCGCCUCUGGGCUCCAGCGCUGGGUUUGUCCAGUGAUAGAGAGAGGAGCUUGGGUUGCGUCCCUGUCCCCGCCCCCUCUGUGGUGUUGUCCCUCCCACUCUUCUUAUUUUUCUACCAAUUGCUAUUUUUCCGAACAAUCCUUGUAGAGUAUGUACCAUUCAAAGGCAGGAGGGCCUCGCCAUGGCCAGCUCUGGUUGGAAAUGGUACAGUUUUAUUGUACAGGUGCUAAAACAACAACAACAAAAAAGAAAAUGGAAAAAAAAAAGAUUAAAAAAAAAAAAGGAAAAAAAAAAGCCAGUUUGAGGAUGGGACAAUCUGUUCUCUGGAGGCUCCUGAGCCCUGCGGGAGCGUUGGUGGUUAUUUUCUUUGUAUUGUGUUUGUUCUUUGUUCCCAGGGGGUGGGGGAGUUCUCACCCCCGCUUCUGUAGGACUGCUUCCCCACCCCCACCAUACUGCCCAGUUGGUUUUAAACAGUUGUUUUCCCUUUAAAAAAAAAUACAUAUAUAUAUAUAUAUAUAUAUAUAUAUAUA